CUCACCUCACCUCAACUCACCACACCUCAACUCACCCCACCUCAAUUCAACUCAACUCACGUCAUCUCAGUUCAGUAAAGCAAAUCACAAAUACAUUUUAUUUCUGAGCUGAUCAGCGCGUAUUUGCAAGCAGAGCACUGAAGAAAACCCAGUGGGAUAGGAAAUCAUUACCUUUUUCUACCAAGAAAAGAUUAAUAACUACGGUUGAACGAAAAGAUGCAUCGCAAUGUUCCGUCUUUGAAAAAACAAACUGAUAUGUCAGAACGUCAAAUUCAGCGAUGGUGGCGUUUAAGAAGAGCAGGAGACCGACCAACAACUCUCGUAAAAUUUUGCGAGAAUACAUGGCGAUGCAUUUAUUAUACAUAUAGCUUCAUUUUUGGCAUCAUCGUGCUAUGGGAUAAGCCUUGGUUUUGGGAUAUAAAGCAUUGCUGGUAUGGUUACCCGCAUCAGUCUAUUUCCAGCGAUAUUUGGUGGUAUUAUAUGAUAUCAAUGUCAUUUUAUUGGUCUCUUACUGUAACACAAUUUAUUGACGUCAAGCGAAAGGAUUUUUGGCAGAUGUUUGUCCAUCAUAUGGUUACCUUGCUUCUCAUGUCGUUAAGUUGGGUGUGUAAUUUACACCGCGUUGGCUCCUUGGUUCUCGUGGCACAUGAUUGUGCAGACAUAUUUUUAGAGGUACGCAUUCUAGCACCCCUAAUGCUGGACUUCCACCGACCAUUUAAUGAGAAAAUACAGCCCCACAAAAAAUAUGUGUGUAGUUUUGACAGGAACACCUUACCCCGAUGUUUUUGGUGCCAUGAACACGAAUCUGAAGUCGGUUAUGCUCCAUUACAUCAGGACUUUUUCCUGACGCCAAAAACAUGGCGUAUAUUAUUGCAAAAUUUUUUAGGUUAGUAAAAAAUCCUGCGCGAUGGAGCAAAUGGAGAUUCGUGUUCAGGGCACCAAAACCCAUGGGGAGUAUUCCUGUCAAAAUGACAUGAUAUUUUUUUGGGGCUGUGUAAUAGUCGCUGAACGCUAAGCUCGCUAAACAAUGGAUGUACCAUUAUGAGAUUUCGAUUUGAUAUCAACGGCUUAUCACUUUAAGUUUUAGCUGGGAUAAAAGUGUAAAAAAUAAUUUUAAAC